UCGCAGAAUGAUCUUUGCAUAUGGGCAAAGGAUAAGUUCAUUCUAGACCAAGUUCCUGCCCAGUCUUCUAUUAACGGUAUCCUUAAGGGGUAUGAUUCGCUUGAACUUCUUACUACUAAUGAGUUGAAAGCGUUCAACUUACGAAAGGCUCAAUAUCCGGAAUUGGAAAGUAAGCUCGUAACAUUUGUUACUGAUAUGGAGAAGCAAAACUUUGCAAUCAAC